CACGCAGACGUCACUGAGCUGGUACAUAUAUCGUCAUCACAGUUUGAGCCAAAUUAUUCUUAUGCCAUUUUAAGGCUGCUACAGGAAAUCUUCGCAUGCAAAGGGCUCCUAUCACUAUUCGCCACUUUCCUCAAGCAGAAAUCAUGUAGGAUUUCCUGUCAGGUGACAGGUUUUGACCAAUCAGAGCCCCCGUAUGUGAUCACGGCCGUGCUCUCUGUGAGAAACAAGCAUGGUUGCUCUCUUCUGAUUGGCCAAAACCUGUCAGGAAGUCCCAAAUUGCUGCUUGAGGAAAGUGGUGAAUGAUUACGUCGCCCUUUUAGUGUUCAAAGAAAAGUGAGGGGGUCUUUUUGCGACGAGGAAUAAGCCGAAAUCACAGUGUCUCUCACUGUCAAUCGCAAACUUCAGGAUACACACAAGCAAGUUUUCGGGACUUCAGUCUUGCCCAACUUGGUUGAUUUUCGGUGCUGUUCGGCUAGCGGCUAUCCAAACACGACAAAACAUGAUGCUAGUUCGGUGAGCGACUCGCCAAAUAUCCGCAGCCCAAAGAUAUCCCAGAUUUCUCCUCCAACUAAGUAUAAAGGAGUGAUUUAGUGUCAUUGAUGAAUCAGCACAGGACUAUGAUUGAUUACAUCAAAGAUCUUCGUACCUCUUCGUUCGUAUGGAUCGCGAACAUGCCUAUUGUGACGGGAUACGAUCAGAUCGAAAUCGCUUGUCGAAAGAUGGGAGAUGCAUCUUUCACGAGGCGUCGGUCUGAUAGCUGUACCAUCGGACGCAUUUGAGCGAGAGUGGCCGAAACCCAGUCGACAACUUGGUUUUCUACCUGUCGGAAGUUCUCAAGCUCGAAAUCGUCUCUUAUCUAUGAGACAUCAUAUCAUGUCAUAAGAGUAGAUAUAGAAAGAUCAAUGGGACGUUAUAUUUGUACAGUGUGGUGCACAUCCUUAUACAUAUGUACAUGUACACUAUCUCUUAGAAUUUAUUCGUAAAAACAACUUAUUUGGUGGUCUCAAUGCACCGACUGUGAAAUAGUAAAAAAAGAAGGUGUAGUGAAACUAAACAUUACAUCGGAUUUAUAGAAAGGAUGCUAUACAUCCGUGCCAUAGUUGUUCGAGUUUUAAAAUUGUUUGGGUUCAUAUGACUUGAGGAAAAUCGUGUAUUAUUCAAAACUCAAUCGCAACCUUAGCUGCGAGACUACUACAUUCGACCAUGAUCCAAGAUGGCAAAUUUUAACCACGUGACCUUCUCAAAACUCGCAGACGAUUUUGCCUUCGUCGAUCCAGAACCGGACUUCGGUUCGCAGUCAGCAAUUUCUGGUAUUCUGUGUGCCUUGUUGUGUAUUUUCCAAGACGAGUGCCUGUUGGUGAGUGUAAUUCGGAAUGAGAACUUGUGCCAGUGGAGUCGCAAAGGAGGGGCUUGUGUUCGAAAGACGGAUGUUUUUCGAUUGAGCAUGUCACGAAUUUAUGAGAAAAAGGUAAAGCAUGUCGUAAAGUUUACAUUAGUCAGGAAAUCUAGGGUGAUUCCGCCAGUGAUAAGCAGGCUAAAAUCAGGGUCUAUAUAUAUGUAUACGUCUACCAAGAAUUAUAUUCUUGUAUUAAGUUCUUCAAUCAUAAAAUCUGCUGCUACGUUUAACAUUAUAGUGUAUAGGUACAAUAAAAAUAAUGAGGCGUUUAUAAAAGCGUAUGAUACAACGACAAACAAGAAUGGUGGCACUAGUAUAAUUGUGGGCUCAUUUUUCCAAAAUUAUUUGUUGGCGGUCCGAAUGAAGACGUCCACUGUACUGCUGUAUGACGUCGUGCGAGGUUAUUUUGGCGGAAAGAUUGACAUUCCAGCGCAAGACAGAUGCCGACGUUUAGUGGAUAUACGAUCGAUGAUGUUCAACUUUGGAAACGGGGAUCAAAAUGCCGCUGUUUGCUGCAUGAGUACAAGAAUUCGAAAAAUGUCCAUUACAGUCUAUGAUGUAAAGGUUACUUCACACCGGGGAAAAGUUUGGGUUAAAUUUGUAUCUCCGAAAUUGAUGAGGCCUAACGGUAGACAAACGCGGAAGACUGUCAUGAAAAUGGAUUCAAAGUUUAUCCUGGAUGCUGAUAUUUUGCUUAUGAUCAGUUAUAAAGAAAAACAUAUUGAUGUUUUUCAUUUUCGGCAGUCAAAUGGAUACAAACCCGAGAGAAACAAUAUCAAGCCACCUAUGGCAAGUGUUGCUCUGAUUGGUAACUCCAAAUUCGGAUCUACUUUACUUGUUCACCACAAUAAUCUAAUAGGUUUAUUUGAGAUAUUUUGUCGAUUUAAAGAUAGCAUCAGUAAGAAGAAAUAUGAAGCAAUGCUGAAACGGGUCAAUCCUGUUCUUACGUUUAAAAUGAAAGUCAAAGGCAAAAACAUAGAAUUGAUCAUGGGGAUGAAUAUGAAUCGAAAUCUCGUGUUUUUGGAUGCAGAAUAUGAUAAAAGACAAAAACAUGGCCAAAUGAAUCAAAUUGUGAGGACAGUCUUGAUAUACAGGGAAAGUCCAUAGGUACAGAUCUUAGUCGGUUUGUAAAGCAGCAUGCAUGGGAGGCACCCUUGAAGAUAUCAUUUGCUGUUAUAUUGUCUCUUCAGGUUUUGCAGAACCUAAACUUCAAAAGGUUUCCAUUUAACCACUUCACUACUGUAGCCUGAAAUUUCGGUCCGACGUCAAGGAGGAUACCGCGGUGACGUCACGGCUUUUCCAAGAUGGCGCUGCAUAUUGUAAACAAACUCGAGCCACGGCCAAGGGAAAAUCAAGUCAUCAAACAAAGUUAGAUUUUUCGCAUCAAAUCAGAGUUAUUAGUACUUUUCUGCUAUGAAAUAAGUCUUCAGACAACAAGUUAUCAUUUGAAUAAUGAAAAGUGCUGUUUUGAUGGGGAAAAAUAGGGUUUUUUAAGCCAAAUAGCCGGGCACCGAUCUUCCAAAAUUAGCGAUGGUUUCAAAACAGUCUCCAAGAUAUGGGCAAUCUCUUCAUUAUCAUAAUGGGAUUUGGAGGCAUGUUUACAGAUUUUACAAGUUCGAGACAUGUAGGACCUAAAACUCGCAUAGAUCCCCAUAGAUCCCCUCUAUUUGUCGAGUUAGCGCCCCUGUAAGAUCAUGCAUUUUCGGACACUAGAACGAAAUUUUCCUGCGGAUAUCGCGGUUUCGGUGAUGAUUUAAGGAGAAAUUGACUGUUCUUAGAGUUGUAUGGGACAGAAAUGAGUUCAUACUUCAUGAAUACAUGAAUAUAUUAUGAUAUGGGCGGGCUUCUAAGUCAAAACUCAACUGCAUCUCUACCGUGUAUCGCAUAGUGCAUUGCCUAGUGUAUUUCGUAGUGUAUUUUAGCGGAGACAUUAUUUCCGCACUUUGGCCACGCUAAACGUCUUUUUUAUUCGUGGAAGUUAAUCUGCUCUUUAAAUUUUAUUUUACACAGGAAGAAUCCAUACUAGGUAUUGCAAUAUUUCAUGUCUAUUGGUGAUUUUGUGUACAGGAGCGCACCAGACAGUGGGACGUGGAGAUGUGUUCAGUGCUGGUGCUGUCAGUAGACUGAAUCUGUUUGGCCAUAGCGAUCACUAAUAUGGGAUGUGAUCACGUGAUAUGACGUCACCGCGGUAUCCUCCUUGGUCCGACGUGCAAAUAGACUGGAAUUUUGAUCUGAUGACGUCAUGGCGCAAUGAAAUACGAUGCAAAAAAAAUUCAAAUUUCAAAAUUCAAAUAUGUUUUAUUACUACCUUAAAAUUAUAUAUUUAUCGGUUAUAAACAGUAACUAAGUAACUAAAUAUGCAAGGAUUAUAACAAAUUGAUAUAAAAUUAUAAAAGUACAAAAGGUGUGAAGAAGGAGAAAUCAGUCAUCCUGUAAAGCCUUCAUCUUGAGAUCGAGAGCUUUUUUUUUUACAGAAACUACUCACAGAAUGAAUGAUUUCACCUUCUGCAUUCAUUCAAUAAAGGAAUAGGUUUUCAUCUUUUCAACUUAAAUGCGAGGAAAGAGGCUUGAAAAUAAAGAGUUUCGAAAGUCCUCAUAAAGCGGAUAGUGAAGAAUAAAAUGUAGGCCUACACGUCAUUACGUUAUUGUAUUUCAAAUCAUAUUGUUUAAACUGCAUUUAUUUUCACUUUGAUUAUAGUAUUGAUUAGUAUUGAUUAGUAUAGGGGCAGCAUGGCCGAGUGGUUAGGGCUUCGGACUCACAAUCCGAAGAUCAUGGGUUCGAUUCCCGCACCGGUCUGUCUGCUUUCAACCCUGAGCAAGUUGAUUUACCUCGAUUGCUCCGUCCUUCGCAUGAGACGUAAAACCGAGGUUCCUUGUAUCUGGUGUCUAUUCCAGAGCAAGUAAAAGACCCCAUCCAAGUGGACUGUAGCUUGUGGUGAACUACCCCUCCUCAACUUGUGGUGUCUAUGCCACGAAGCCGAAGUCGGAGUCACUAGGCCAAUAAACCCAAUUGGCGCUAAACCGUAGUGGCACGCAUUACCGCUCAUCCCGCCUUGGAGGGGAAAUA